ACGGGGCCCUGAACGUUGCUAUGGCGAUGCCUGUCAACCGGGAAGUCCUUCACAGGCCAAGCGAGUGGUGAGAGAGGCAGAGAGAGAGGGAGAGAGAGAGAGCAACAGUGCUAACAGUCCGGUGAACAACACGUUAGGUUGUGUACUCUGAGAGUUGCUUAGCGCUGUGGAGUCGUUACUUCUGGGCUGUUCUUCGAAGCUGGUGAGGUGGAACCCACGCUGCUUCGUACCAGGCAGUAGAUAACCGAUGCCAUGCAGGCUCAGCGAGUGGAAGCGGUGGACCACAGCGACGGCUCACAGACCAGGUACUCCGGAGACGGAGGGUCUUCGGGUCAUCAGCAGCAGCUCCUGACGUCUCCUGAGCUGGUGGUCAUCUCCCCCGGGCUGCCCACCCCUCCGCUGAGCCCCUUCCGCUCUGCCAGACAGCCCUCAGGGGAACACAAGGACUCAGAGAUGAACGGGGGCGGUGUCAACACACUGAGCUUCGGAUCCUACUACGGCCCUGCCCAGACUCACGAAGGGGGGCUGACCAAUGGGGUGCAGGCAGGGGGCGGGGCCACUCUGCCUCGCCGGUCUGAGCCAACCAGGGAGGAGAGGCUCAUCAAGUUCCAGGGGAUCGGACCUGUGGACGAAACAGGCAUGCCCAUCGCCUCCAGAACAAGUGUGAACAAGCCCAGGGAAUGGUACAAGAGCAUGUUCCGGCAGAUCCACAGGAAGCCAGAAGAAUCUGACCUGGAGUCUGAGAGCUGGAUCACAGAACGGAUCCAGUCUGCCAGUCCAGACCAGGAGAGGGACUCACAGAAGACAGACUUGUUCAGACUGACCCCCCAUGGAGCCCUGCCAGACUGGACGGAGGAUAUAGACUCUAUAGCCACCCCUCAGCCCAGGAGUAUCUUUGACUUUGAGCCUGGAAGGACCACCACCGUCGAAAACCAUCAUCAGCUCUACCAAAUCCAGGAGAAACCGGCCCAGAAGAAACCGACUCCCCCCUCCAUCGAGGCCAGUCUGGUGUCUGAGCUGAUGAGCUUUGAGGCGGAGCUGGACUCGGACAUCCAGGGCCUGGAGAGAACGCUCUCCCAGAGGACGCGCCGCCAGCGUCCAGGCCGGGGUGAGGAGCCCAGAAGCAAGAAUCCCGGCCCUGUUUCAGCGAUAGGCAGUGCUAACUACAGCUCACUGCCUGCAACCAAGCCGGCGGGAAGACCUUCCCUCAGCGGGCCUGCAGCUUCCGCUCCCAGAACGCUGUCCCCUCACGCAGACGCAGAAGGCCUCUCCUCUGCAUCUGACGGCAUGGACGUCCCUCCAAAACGAGAGGAGAAGAAGAUGAAAGCGGCGAGAGUCAAGUUCAAUUUCCAGGCACAGUCCCCCAAGGAGCUGACUCUGCAGAAAGGGGACAUCGUUUACAUCCACCGAAAGGUAGACUCCAACUGGUACGACGGAGAGCAUCACGGCAGAGCCGGGAUUUUCCCCACCACCUAUGUUGAGGUGCUGGCCCCCACGGAGAAGCCCACCCCCAUCAGGACCCCCACCGUCCAGGUGGUGGACUGCGGCGAGGCGGUGGCGCUCUACACCUUCAAUGCGGACCUCCCCGUGGAGCUCUCCUUCAGGAAGGGGGAGCUGAUCAGUGUGACCCGCCGUGUGGACGACAGGUGGCUGGAGGGCAGGAUCCCAGGGACCAGCCGGAGCGGCAUCUUCCCCGCCAACUACGUCCAGGUCAACAAGAUGCCCCGAACAAAAAGCGCCUCAGAGGACCACCCCGUGGGACCCUUGUCUCCACGGGUCCCCCAGUCUCUGGGGUCCCCCCAGCUUCUGGGGUCCCCCCUGUCCCCGGGGUCUCCCGGGCCCCAGAGUCCGGGACGCCCACUCUACUCCCCCCGGCCGCUCUCCCCCCUCUCGCUCCACUCGCCCCUCACCCCCACGUCCCUCAGCCCGGUCCACUCCCCCCUGAAGCCCUCCUCACCCGUCCCAUCACAGUCACGCUAUCCCGCGCUCACGCCCGCCACCAGAGACACAAACAGCCUGUGGCCCCACGGGGCCCGCGGCCCCACCGGCCCCCAGGGAGGAGGCCAGGCCGGCCAGACCUCGGGGGCCAUGGCCGGUCCCCCAUCGGUCAAGACAUCGGCGGGGCCCUCCCCAGCACGCACUGAGCACUGGCAGGGCGGAGCUCCAGCCCAGCCUCACCCCAACUCCAGCACAGCGCCAAAAACACCAAGAGCGCCAAACAACUACGGCUCCGCUUCGGCACAACGCCCUCCAUACAAAGCUGUGUACAACUACAAACCCCAGAAUACAGAUGAGCUGGAACUGAGGGAGGGGGACAUUGUCAAAGUGAUGGAGAUGUGUGACGACGGCUGGUUUGUAGGUACGUCAGAGCGGACCCACGCCUUCGGGACUUUCCCAGGGAAUUAUGUGGCACCUGUUUAAUAGCACUUGGGUCUAGCCCUCAACACACAGCCACUGCACCUGGGCUGACCAGCGGGCUGGUGUUGAGUCUCAUUGCUCGUUCUCACCACCACAACCGGAGGCGUCCAGCCCCAAGCCUCACCAGCACUGCUCGGAAACUUCAUCUCAUUUCAAUCUGUCACCCAACACCCUGUUAAAAUCCUGCUUGAGUUGAUUUUCUCUGCAUGCUACACACUGCCCAAAGACUCAGCUGCCCUCUAAUGUCCAGAACAGAGGCUCGGCCAUGAACACUGUGUGAGUUCCCACCACACCUUUCUGCUGUGUGUGUGAGAGAGCGAGAGAGCGAGAGAGAGAGAGAGAGAGCGAGAGAGAGAGAGCAAGAGAGCGAGAGAGAGAGCGGGAGAGAGAGAGAGAGAGAGAGAGAGCAUAAGUAAGUUCACAUUUGUACAUUCAUGUAAGUGUGUGUGUGCGUGCAUGCCUGCGUACGUGCGUGCAUACAUACGUGUGUCAGUGUGAGUCUACUAGUCUUUGUGUGUGUGUGUGUGUGUGUGUGUGUGUGUGUGUGUGUGUGUGUGUGUGUGUGUGUGUGUGUGUGUGUGUGUGUGUGUGUGUGUGAGAGAGCAAGUGAAUGAGCAAGCUUCUGGUUGUGUGAGGCAGGAUGUGUGUGUGAGCGUGCCUCUCUUUCUCAGGUGAACAUGUGCAUGCGUGAGUUUAACUGUUGAUAUGUGCACUGUGUGUGUGUAUUCCACUGAGUGUGCCCCACACACACAAUCACUCUCCCAACCGAGGUAAAGAGGCGGCAAGGUGCACAGAAAAUAAUGUCUUCCCCCAGCUAUGCAGCCACAGACACUUCAGACACGUCAGACACUUCUGCGUCCUGCGAACCUCUCUUGUCCCGCAGCUUGUUCUCUGCGAGCUCCUGCUGGAAUCCGUUGACACAGGGAAUGACGCUCCACCAAGAACGCUUCACUUGAACUGUUCACCAUCACCUGAUCACCUGACCGCUGCCCAAUGGCAGACGCCUGUGAAUAACUAUGUGAGUGCCAUGUUGUGACAUGUGACAUGUCUCUCCCCCCUAACCUUAUGCCUUUCAGAUCUUUGAGAAAAGCCCUGGCUGAGUGAGAUGUCACAUCGCCAUGUCGACGGUCUCAAGACCGUCUCAUACUUAACUCAUCUAACAGUGGGCCCAAUAACAUGUGUUCCUACGUUUACAACAUUGAGAAUCACAACCAGGAUACACGUGAACGCUUAGGCUAACACCACUUUCUAGUUAUUCAUGUAUUGUUUUACUGUUUGCCUUCAUGAGGAAGUCUGUGUGAAGAUCCGAGCUGUAUGUUCAUCCAUUAAGCUGAAUAUGUGAUUUGAAUGUAACGCAGACAGGAAAUGAUGACACUGUCUGUUAUGAGGUAUAAUAGGAGUCAACAAUAACCUGCCAUUUUAAACGAUAUGUCUGAAGCAGAAAGACAGGCUAACCUUGAGUUGGUUUUCUAUCUUGACUACAAUGUUUUUAGACAAUCCCGCCACCAUUUCCAGCUUAGCUUCUAUAUUCGAUUAUUUAAAUAGCUCUGUACGCUUCUACUGUUCACACUGGCUUAUCCUUUAACUUUAUCACUUUGAAGAGUACACAUAAAAAUUAGUAAAUCAGUUACUAUUGCUCCAAGUAUCAAUUAGUGCGGCAUAGGUAAUGCCGAUCAGGACAGCGAUCCAUAUAUUCAUACAUUCUAUGGUUGAGUAAAGCCCAGGACAUAAAAAAGAUGAUUGUACAGACUAUUACUGUUAUCAAAUGAAUGUAUAAUAUAUUUUGCUUAAUAAAAAGAUGUUUAAAAAAUGUGGUACACAAUAAAACUUUUUUAUUAAUAAAAAAUGGAUUGAUGAUUGA